GGCAGCGGCGGGGAUAGUUGCUGUGUCAGGACGCCUCGGCGGCUUCCCGCCAUGGCGGGCGAGGGCGGCGCGUACCGGCUUCGAUGCUCUCUGGUGGGACACGGGCAGGACGUGCGGGGCCUGACCUGCUGCCUCUUCCCCGAGGGCGGAUUUGUGUCCGUCUCGCGGGAUCGAACUGCGCGGCUCUGGGCUCCUGACGGUCUUGACAGGGGUUUUACUGAAAUGCACUGUAUGAGUGGCCACUCAAAUUUUGUAUCUUGUGUGUGCAUCAUACCUCCAAGUGAACUCUAUCCUCGUGGGCUGAUUGCAACCGGUGGCAAUGAUCAUAAUAUUUGCAUUUUCACAGUUGACAACCCAGCUCCUCUUUAUGUCCUUAAAGGUCAUAAGAACACAGUUUGCAGCCUUUCAUCUGGCAAAUUUGGCACAUUAUUAAGUGGAUCAUGGGAUACAACAGCCAAGGUCUGGUUGAAUGACAGAUGCAUGAUGACAUUGCAGGGUCACACAGCUGCAAUAUGGGCAGUGAAAAUACUGCCUGAACAGGGGUUAAUGUUGACUGGUUCAGCUGACAAAACUAUUAAACUGUGGAAGGCAGGCAGAUGUGAAAGAACAUUCACUGGACAUGAAGACUGUGUGAGAGGUUUAGCUAUUCUCAGUAAAAUGGAAUUCCUUUCCUGUGCCAAUGAUGCUAGUGUUCGAAGAUGGCAGAUCUCUGGCGAGUGUCUGCAGGUGUAUUAUGGACAUACAAAUUAUAUAUACAGCAUCUCUGUCUUCCCUCAGUCUAAAGAUUUUGUAACUACUGGAGAGGAUAGAUCUCUUAGAAUCUGGAAACAAGGGGAAUGUGUUCAAACAAUCAGACUCCCAGCUCAAUCUGUAUGGUGCUGCUGCGUGUUAGACAAUGGUGACAUUGUAGUUGGCUCAAGUGAUGGAAUUGUAAGAGUGUUUACAGAGUCUUUGGAACGUACAGCAAGUGCUGAAGAGAUUCAGGCUUUUGAAAAUGAGCUUUCCCAAGCAUCCAUUGACCCAAAAAGUGGUGAUUUAGGGUAUGUUAAUGUCGAUGACCUUCCUGGAAGAGAACAUCUUAAGGAGCCUGGAAUAAGAGAUGGACAGACGCGGCUUAUUAAAGAUAAUGACAAAGUAGAAGCAUAUCAGUGGAGUGUUAGUGAAGGAAGAUGGAUGAAGAUUGGUGAUGUUGUUGGUGCUUCUGGAGCCACUCAGCAAACAUCUGGAAAAGUUUUGUUUGAAGGAAAGGAGUAUGACUAUGUUUUCACUAUUGAUGUAAAUGAAAAUGGGCCUUCCUACAAACUGCCAUAUAACAUCAGUGAUGAUCCUUGGCUGACUGCAUAUAACUUCCUGCAAAAGAAUGAUCUAAACCCUAUGUUUCUGGAUCAGGUGGCCAAGUUUAUUAUCGACAAUACUGAGGGGCAAACGCUGUUGAGUACAAGUGAUCAAUUUUCAGAUCCAUUUACAGGUGCUGGACGUUAUGUUCCAGGCUCUUCAGCUGGACCAAGUGCAAUGCCUGCAGCAGAUCCAUUUACAGGUGCUGGCCGCUAUGUUCCUGGCUCAGCAUCAAAUUCAGCAGCUCCAGUGGGUGGGAUUGAUCCAUACACAGGAGUGGGUGCCUACAAAUCAGCUGCAGCUGAAGUUGAAAAUAUUUAUUUUCCGAAGAAGGACGCUGUCACCUUUGACCAGGCCAAAUCUAUGCAGAUAAUGGGUAAAUUAAAGGAACUUAAUGGCAGUGCAACUGAAGAACAUAAGCUUACAGAAGAUGACUUGAUAAACUUAGAAAAGUUAUUGUCUGCAACAUCCAAAACCUCUGCAGAAACACCUACAGCACAGCAAAUUCAGAGUUUAUGGAGAGCAGUGAACUGGCCAGAAGAUAUUGUCUUUCCAGCCCUAGACAUUCUUAGAUUGUCUGUCAGGCAUCCCAUUGUGAAUGAGAAUUUCUGCAGUGAAAAGGAUCAUGUGCAAUUUAUCAUCCUUCUCCUUAAAUUUCUGAACCCUGAAGGAAAGCAAGCAAACCAGCUCUUGGCACUUAGAACUCUUUGCAAUUGCUUUGUCAGCCAGGCAGGCCAGAAGCUCAUGAUGAAACAGAGGGAUGAAAUAAUGACCCAAGCAGUAGAAAUGAAAUCAGGCAAUAAUAAGAACAUCCACAUUGCGCUUGCUACGCUGACACUGAACUACGCUGUAUGUUUACAUCAAGUGAACAACAUUGAGGGCAAAGCUCAAUGUUUAUCAGUAAUCAACACAAUUAUGGAAGUUGUCCAAGAUCUUGAAGCUGUUUUUAGACUGCUUGUGGCUCUUGGGACAUUAAUCACUGAUGAUACAAAUGCUGUGCAAUUAGCUAAGUCUCUUGGAGUUGACUCUCAAAUAAAAAAGUAUGCCUCUGUAUCAGAACCAGCUAAAGUAAAGGAAUGCUGUAGGUUUGUUCUUAAUCUGCUAUAAUUGUGUUUUCUUAGAACUUGGGAGGCACAGUGUUUGCAGAAAAAAAAAAAAAGAUGCUUUUCUUCAUAUUUUGUGACAGAAUAUAAUUGAGAAAAUACUGUGAUGAUUUGUUGAAAGAUACACUGCAAAUAAAACUUUUUUCACUGAUUGUCAUUUGACUGCUUUUCUGAAGUCUUAAGUGCACAGGAUUUUUUCAAGAAGUCCCUCUAAAGUAGCUCAGAUUAAAAUUCAUCACCAAGAAGUCAAAUCCAUCCCAAUACUUAAAGGUAAUCUAGAUGGAAAUACAGGAAAUGUCUGUGAUUCAGUGUCACUUUCAAGACACCUCAACCACAUUUCUGUGUUUCACCACCAUGAAAGUUCCUUGACUUUGCUUUUUGUCAGCAGAGAAGGGGCCCUGAGAACAGCUAAUUCACAGUGCUUUUCAUAAGCUUAUUAGUUAACAUUAGUUAGUAUUAACCAAAGUAAAAUAUCCUGAUAAGGAAAUGGCAUUUACCUAAUUUUCCAUCUUUUUUUUUUUCUACUUCCUUUUUGAAAUCUAGCUGGUUUAUUGCUCUUUUUAACCUAGAACUAGGUGACUUUUAUGAGGGGUAUAAUCUUUUAACUGCCGUAUAGAUGUUGUGCUUCACUGAUAACAAAAUACCUUGUAACUUGUAAAAUGGUCUGAACUUCUACAGAAACUUUAAAAUUAAUUUUAAUGACAGGAAUACUCCACCAAUUGAUUGCAACUAUAUUACUAUAACAUAUGUUGGAAAAUGUUAAUUAAAAAAAAAAAGUAAUCUUGAACAGUGGAAGAGAAAUUUACCUGUGGAGAACAGAUUGAGCAGCAGAGACUUGGAAGAGACUUCCUAGAAAAGUAGUCAAUAUUCCAAGCUUGUCAGUGUUAAGAAGCAUUUGGAAAAUAUCCUUAAAUAAUGUGCUUUAAUUUUUAGUCAGCCCUGAAGGGGUCAUGUAGUUGACUAGAUGACCACUCUAGGUUUCUUAUAACUGAAAUAUUCUAAACUGUACAAAUGUAAAAUUUUAUGAAAUUAGCUUUGCCAUAAUUAGUGUGUUGUCUGUGAAAAGGGGAUUUUACAGCUAUUAACAGAUCAAAGAUGUUCAGCUCAAAAGGAGAGUGUCAUUUCCUACUACUUCUACACGUUACACUUUGGUUUAGAAUUAAGAUGAAAAUUGUGAAUGUUUGUUAAAUUUUUCGUUAGACUAAUAGAAUGGAAGCCAUGGGGAAAAAAUGGGCAAGCUUUUCUGGCACAUGAGCUCUUUUAUCACACGAUACUAGUCUGCCUCAUCUAUGUCAGAUGUGAAGGACUGUGUAACCAAGAACUCUUAACUUCUUUUGUUCCUCUGACUGAACUGUGAAUUAUUGUAUUAUUUCGCACAAUGCUUCUCAGAUCCUUAGUUGCACACUUGAACUGUCAGGCUUUUGAUGAGUUUCCAGAUACGUAUCCUCAGAGUCUUGAUUGUGGCCUUAAGUCACAGAUUUUCUCAUUUGAUCCAUUGCAGGUUCACGUAUAAGGCAGACCAAGAGAUUAUUCAGGAUUUGCAGUGAUUACCAGUAGAUCAUUCCCUUUCUGGGAAACAUCUAGGAAACUACCUUUAGGAAACAUGUCUGUGAAAUAAUGUGCCUGUCUGUUGAAUUUUGGUUGCCUACUAUACAAUUGUUCUUGAAGGUUUAGCUUUUUAAUGUUGUGCUGUUUAACUAUGUUUGUACAUGUGCUACUUCAAGAAAUCUAUACGCACCUAGCAUUUUGGGUUUGUUAUUGUGGGAUUGCUCUGUUACAGAUUACCUCUUUACAUGAAAGUUGUCAUGAAUUUUCCAGACCAAAAGUUAAUGUUUAUGUUAAUAAACAUACUCUGGCA